AUGGAAAAUUUUCAAGCCCAAUUUUUAGACCUUGCUUUAGAAUCCCAAGCAUUGCAAUUUGGUACCUUUACCUUAAAAUCAGGUCGUCAAUCGCCAUACUUCUUUAACUUAGGGUUCUUCAAUACUGGUAAGUUGUUAUCAGCCUUAGCUACUUCGUAUGCCAAUGCUAUUAUUAAGUCUGGCUUGAAGUUUGAUAUCAUUUUCGGACCUGCUUACAAGGGUAUUCCAUUGACUGCUAUCACUGUUGCUAAAUUAGCCGAAUUGGAUCCUGAAACAUACGGUAAUGUUGGCUAUUCCUUCAAUAGAAAGGAAAAGAAGGACCAUGGUGAAGGUGGAUCUAUUGUAGGAUGUCAACUCUCGGGAAAGAAGGUCUUGAUUAUUGAUGAUGUCAUGACAGCAGGUACUGCUAUUAAUGAAGCUUUUGCCAUUAUUAAAGAAGGAAAAGGUGAAGUCAUUGGUUCUAUUAUUGCUUUAGAUAGGCAAGAGACUACAGCUGACUCCGAGUUAUCGGCCACUCAAGCAGUCCUGAAAAGAUAUGGCCUUCCUGUUAUUUCAAUCGUAUCCUUGUCAGAUAUUGUUAGACACUUAAAGGACAAGAUUACACCAGAAGAAUUGAGUUCUAUUGAAUUUUACAGAAAGCAAUAUGCUCCUAAGGAUGCUUAA